AUGAGUUCAGAGGUCGUGUACUCUAGGAAGAUGGCUCCAGUACAACUCCUAGAGCCUAGGGAAAAGGAAAAGCAUCUGGCAUUCAAUAGGUGUCACUCGUGUCAACUUGUCACAAAUGACAAUCUAAUAAAGAAUAUAGAGGAGCUAAUUAAGAAGCAGAUCGAAGAUGAGCUGGAGCGAAAAAGGGUUAAGGCGCAGCGAAGUCGUCAACCAUAUGGAAGACCCAUAAGGAUAUACAAGGCUAUGAAGGACAGUCUUAGAAGUCUCAGGAUUGCUGCAAAGCUCGGUGUAUGCGUUUAUGUGAGAGGACGAAACAUCAAUAAGUUACUUCGAUACAAGAAUCUCCUAGUGCAAUCACCUAUUGAGAUUUUUGAUGGGACCACUAAUAGGGAGAUAGCGGUACUUGACCCAUUCCCUACUAAGGAGAACAACACUUUCAUGGCGGCGGCGGCAUGUUGUGACAAGGAGGUUUAG